AUGCAACAGACUAGACCUUUACCCGACUGUCAUCCUGAGCUAUCUGUCAUAGCAUGGCCUAAUUUUCGGGAAUAUCGCGUCGAGAACUGGCGACUUGCUCGGGAUGGAAGCGGGAAUAUCAUUCGCGGUGCGACAUCAUGGGGGUGGAUCGACCUUUGUCUGCCCGUGGUCAUCUCAUUCAUAUGGCCAAGACUUCGUGACAGCAAUACAUGGUGUGCAUUUGUUGUUCUGGUAGUUGGGUUUACCAUAUACUGCCGUUGUGCCCAAGUUCUUCAUGAAUCUGUACUAGUAUUUCCAGCCUACGGUAUACAACUCGAGACGCAUCGAGGAUACCCUUUGCUAAAACCGCUCUUCGUGUCCAGGCGAUUUAUUCACGCAUCCAUGUUGGAAGACUUCGUCAUAAAUGAAGGUUUAAGAAGAUGGAACGUCCGCUAUUAUCUGGCUGCCGUGCACGGAUCCACUACGGAAAAGAUUGCUGUAGAUGUCGCAUUUGAGAAUAUUUUGCCAUAUUUUCCUGUACUCCUUGAAGUAUAUAAAGGAGUGCAAGAGCUCAUGUUCUACAACUCCACGGACAAUAGGCAUACCUGCAUCUAA